AUGGAUUCUGAUAGAGAAUUAAGGAGACAAAGAAGGGAGAAACAUAAAGAACAACAAACAUUAAAGGAACAAGAGUUGAAAAGUCAAAAGGACAUUGAAAUGCUGAAUAAAAUAAAGGAACGAGUCUCAAAGAUUCGUGAAAUUCAGCGACAAAGAGAUGAAUUGAUAAAGAUGAGAAUAGAAAACAAAACAGCCCAACAUAGCGAUGUGAAUGAUGCAAAUGAUGUUAAGCAUAAACAAUUAAGAAGAGAAACUGUUGGAGAAAGAUUACAGCACAACUGUAAAGAAAUGGAACAUGAAAGGAGGACUGAACUUGACCAUGAUAAUGAUGUUGAUGGUGAUGUUGGAUUAACUGUUGGAUUAAAGACUGAUGAUUACCAUGGCAACGAUUAUGAAAGUGACAUGGAUUCAAUAGAUGAGGAACUUAGUUGGUUGACUAAGAAGAUGGAGGAAACAAUCCAGAUACAUGCUGAUUCUGAGGACAGAAUUUUUAAAGAGGGGGUGCGGUGCAGUACUGAAACACUUACACCAUCUGAAUGUCACGAAUGUGAGCAUGACCACAAAAGUGACAUUGAUGAAAUUACAAGUGAUGAAGAUGAUUAUGAAAAAGAAGUAAAAAUUCUGCGUGAAGCUCCAAUACUGCAACCAUCAAGCGCAAUCAUAUCAACUGUCAAUACUGAAACAGAAAACAAAACAAAACUAGAAGACAUGAAAAAUGAAUAUGAUGUUGAUCUCGACGGAACUGAUUUAAGUCCGGAACAAAAGCAAGAGGUGGAGUUAGAAGAAGAGGACAAGGAAAAGACAGCGUUUCAAAUGCCUCCUCAAAGGGAUUGGGUGCUGUACUUUAUCAACGCCAAGACGGCCACGAAAAGGUCAUAG